AUGCUGGCGCUAGCGUUGCGAGUUCUGCUUCUGGCGGCGAGGGCGCGCCUGGCCGCCCCCAGCUGGAUGUACCUGGGCCUGACGGGAGUGCCGCCGCCGCUGCCGCAGGACUCGGAGAAGGGCGCCGGCAGCGAGGACCCCGGCGUGGCUGAGGCUCGUGCGGUGUGCGGCUCGCUGCCCGGGCUGGUGCCUCAGCAGGUGAACACGUGCAUGCGCAGUCCGGACUCGCUGCGCUCCGUGGCGGAAGGCGCGCGCCGCGGCAUCGAGGAGUGCCAGUACCAGUUCAUGCACGAGCGCUGGAACUGCACCGCGCACGCCGACGACCAGAGCGUGUUCGGAUACGUGCUGCAGAGAGGCAGCCGCGAGACGGCCUUCGUGUACGCGGUGACGAGCGCGGGCGUGGCGCACGCUGUCACGCAGGCCUGCAGCUCGGGCAACCUCACCGAGUGCAGCUGCGACUCGUCACGGCACGGCCGCACCACCGCCGAGGGCUGGAAGUGGGGCGGCUGCAGUGACAACUUGCACUACGGACUGCAGUUCUCUCGCCGGUUCGUGAACGCGCCGGAAGUUGUGAGUUUGCUCUCCCAGCCUAAGAAAAUAAUGCAAGUGCGGCUGCAGAUGAACUUGCACAACAAUGAAGUUGGGAGGCAGGUCAUAUCAAGUUUAAUGAAAAAGCAGUGCAGAUGUCAUGGGAUAUCUGGUUCCUGCGAACUCAAGACUUGUUGGAAAACAAUUCCGACAUUUUAUGAAAUUGGGGAUAUACUCAAGAUGAAAUAUAACCAUGCUGUUUUGGUAUCACGCAAGGUGGCGGCCAGGAAGCUGAAGCAGUUCAAGCUGCGGCGGAAGGUGCGGCUGCCGGCGAGCCGCGGCGACCUGGUGCACAUCCAGCGGUCGCCCGACUACUGCCGGCAGGACGCGCCCAGGGGCAUCCCGGGCACGGCGGGGCGCGUCUGCAACGCCAGCGCCAGCGCCGCCCGGCCGGACAACUGCGCGCGCCUCUGCUGCGGCCGCGGCCACCACACGCAGGUAGUGAAACUAAUCAAGAGGUGUCACUGCAAGUUUAUCUGGUGUUGCCACGUAAAGUGUAAGAUCUGUGAAAGCAACAUAGACCUUCACACUUGCAAGUAACAACUCAUUGCUACACUCUGGUCUGCAGUGCUUCUCCGUCUUUCAAAACUUGCUCCAACAAUGUCAAUUACCACUGUUACUUGAAUAAGUAAUUUUCAAAAAAAAAAUGCGUCCAAAACUUCAAGAAGAAGUUUUUUACUUGA